UUGUUCCGCUUCGACUGCUGCCUACAGUGACCGCACCGCGCGUUAACGGACAGUCCGCUCACAACAACCUGCCCUUUCCGUUCAUAUUUUCCGUUCAUAAUUGCUCAAAUACACAAGUCUGAAGACGACGGUCACAAUGAGCGCUAUAAACGUGAAGAAGCUGAAAGUGAACGAGCUGAAGGACGAGCUAAAGAAAAGGAGUCUGUCUGAUAAAGGGCUGAAGGCGGAUCUUAUGUCGCGCCUGCAGGCCGCACUAGACGAGGAGGCGCUCUCUGGUACUAACGGCUCCGAGCGUCGGUACGAGGACGGAGGAGACCCCGCCGGCAAAGACCUGGAGGAGGACCCGGUGGGAGAGAGCAUGGAGGAGGAAGAAGAGGAUGGAGGAAACGCGGAGGCCGAGCAUGAUGAUAUUAUGGAGGAGGAAGAGGAGGACGCCGGGGUAGAGAUGGAUAAAUCGGAUGAAGACGCUCUUCUUAAAGAUGAUGAUGGUGAUGAUGAUGAAGAUGAAGAGAUGGAGAAAUUCGAUGAGGAUGAUGUGGCUCUUGACAAGGGGGAUGCGGACAAAGACAAGAAAGAUGAACAGAAGAAUAAGAAGGGUGUAAAGAGACGCCGAGAUGAACAUGGAAGGGCCUACUUUGAAUUUAUUGAAGAAAGAAAAUACAGCCGGGCAAAGUCUCCUCAGCCCCCUCUGGAGGAAGAAGAUGAAGAGUUUGAUGACACAACCGUGUGUUUGGACACCUACAACUGUGACCUGCACUUCAAGGUGUCUCGUGAUCGCUACAGCGCCUCGUCUCUUACGAUGGAGAGCUUUGCCUACCUGUGGGCAGGAGGACGAGGGUCUUAUGGAGUGGACAAGGGCAAGGCUUGCUUUGAGAUGAAGGUUAUCGAGAAGAUCCCUGUUAAGCACAUCUCCAGUAAAGGAAUUGAAGAUCACGAUGUCCUGGUGGGCUGGUCAUUGGCCAACAGCUCUUAUCUGCUGGGAGAGGAAGCUUACUCGUAUGCCUUUUCAAUGACGGCCAAGAAAACCAGCAAUGCUGUGACAGAGGACUACGGGGAGACUUUUGACGAAAAUGAUGUUGUCGGUUGUUUUAUUAACUUUGAUGGAGCAGAAGUGGAAAUCUCCUUCUCCAAGAAUGGAGAGGAUCUGGGAAAGGCGUUUACAGUGAGUAAGGAUGAGCUAAAGGGAAAGCCGCUCUUCCCGCACGUCCUCUGCCACAACUGUGCUGUUGAGUUCAACUUCGGCCAGCAAGAAAGCCCAUUCUUCGCUCAACCGGAUGGAUUUACACUCCUGCAGCAGAUCCCCGUUCAUGAUCGCAUCAGAGGACCGAAGGGCCCAGAGAACAAGAAAGACUGUGAGGUCAUUGUGGUGGUCGGACUGCCUGGAUCUGGAAAAACGGAGUGGGUCACAAAGCACACAGAAGCCAAUCCUGGAAAAUACAACAUUCUGGGGACGGACACAAUCCUAGAGAAGAUGAUGAUUUCCACGCUGAAACGACAGAUGAAAGACGUGACAAAGCUCUUAGAGAUUUCCCUGCGUGCUCCUCUGUUUCUGGGUAAAUUCAUUGAGAUCGCAGCACGGAAAAAACGCAACUACAUUCUCGAUCAGACCAAUGUUUCAGCUUCAGCCCGGAAAAGGAAAAUGUGCCUGUUUGCCGGGUUUCAGCGUAAAGCAGUGGUCGUCUGUCCGACAGAUGAGGAAUAUAAAAAGAGGACGCUGAAAAAAGCAGAAACUGAUGGCAAAAAAGUACCUGAACAGGCAAUCAGAAAAACCAAGAGAAUAUACUCGUUGCCAGUGGAAGGUGAUUGCUUCAGUGAAGUGCUGUAUGUGGAGCUGCAGAAGGAGGAAGUAGCCAAACUUCUUGAACAGUAUAAAGAGGACAGCAAAAUCUGUUCUCUAGAGCCGAAACCCAUCCAGGCAGGGGUUCAGUCCAAGAGAAGAAGCUCAAAGGGACGAGGAGGAAAAAACAUGUUCAACCGUGGUGGAGAAGGAGGACUAGCUCAGAGAGGAGGAGGACGAGGAGGCUUUCCGCACAGAGGAAACUUCAUGGGUGUGCCUAUUCCUCGUGGUGGGUUCAGAAGACCACCGAUAGACUUCCUUCCUCCGCAUGCCUUCAGAGAAGUCUUCAGUCGGGGCAGUUUCAGCCGGGGCAUGGUGAUGCCCAAUAGAGGCGGUGCUCCCAGACCGGGACCAGGACGGGGAAACAUGGGGAACAGAGGAGGAGCCAUGCACAGGGAACACAUGGGGCACGGUGGAGGGGGCAACUUUAACCAGAAGUUCAGGGGUCGAGGAGGAAAUAAUCGAGGAUUUAAAAAUGGCAACUUCAGGAUGAGCAAGGCACAGGCUUUCAACGAAAGCUGGCAACAAGGGUUCUGUAAUCGGAAGCCAUGGAGUCAUCCGUACAGUCCUUCAUAUUACUGAAAAUAAGCUCACGUGAAGAACAUCAGCUUUAACUUCAGAAGUCAAACAUUCGCUUUAUCUAUUGUCUUCUUUUUAAUAGGACAUUGAGGAGAAAUGACUCUAGAGCUUUCAGAGCUUCACAGGCUUUUUUUUUUAUUAUUGAUAUUUUAUGUAUGUGUUUGACCGCAGACUUGUAUGCCAGUGCGGUUUAAUUCAGGUCUCUUAGUAUAACUUCAGGGUGGGAUGUCUGACUUUUUGAAACUUUCAACUUUCUGAUUUUUAUGUGUGUGAAUCUUUGUGUAGCAGUAAAUCUCAGUAAUAUAUGGAGGAAUAGAGAAAGUUACAUUUUAAAAGUAAUCUAUUACAAUCUUAAGUCUGUAUAAGUGUCAGACAAAAACAUAAAUAACAUGACGCAUACUUUCACAUUACGCGUCUACACUUUCUAGUUCACCCAGAAAUAAAAAUUCUGUCAUUUACUUAUUCUUGUUUCAAACCUUAAUGAGUUUCUUUUUUUUGUUGAACACAGAAGAAGAUAUUUUGAAGAAAAAAAAGGAUAAACAAAUUCUAUGGAAGUUGAUAGUUACUGUUUUGAGCAUUCUUCAAAAUAUCUUCUUUUGUAUUCAAUAGAAUAAAAUAAAAUAAACUGAUGAAUGUUUGGUUCCACUUGAGUGCAAGUAUAGUGUGUAAAUUUUCAUUUUUUGGGUGAAGUGCAGUUGACUUUAUUAGUUGGCAUUUGAUACAAACAAUUACAUUAAUCAAAUCAACUCACAUUAUUAUAAACACACAGUUUCCCACAGAAAAAACCAACAAACAAACAUCAGGUUAAAACAAAAAUCAAGUACUUGAUAUAUCCUAAAAUAUUGCAAUUUAUUAUGAGCGACCAUUGACGAUUGGGCAAAGCUAUUUCUAUAAUGUUUUGUCCGACUUAAAAACCAUUGCUUUUACUAACACAUAUAAUUAAAAAGAAGAGUGACUCAAGAUUGUAAUAUAUUACUUAUAAAAAUGCCUUUACCCAACAUUCAAUAUAAGAACACCAUUGUCAAUGAACUUUGCAGUUAUAUGAUGAACAUGCUUCUGCUACAGUUAUUUGUUUAGCUGAAAGAAUAUAAAACAUUUUUUUGUCAUGACAGCUCUCUGAGAUUCAAUAAUUGGUAAUGAAUGUGGCAAUGUUGAUGUGUUUGGUCUUGGUGGAAUAGAUCUGCUACGCUGCUGCUGUUUGUUAUUAUGGUAGAAUAAGUACCGAGACCUGCUACUGCCAGUAUAUUCACAGACAUAUCAUCUGAGAAUAUAACACACUCGGGGGCGGACUGGCCAUAGGGAGCACCGGGACAUUUCCCGGUGGCCUGACGGUCUAUCUGGCCUGCCACCUUGAGUCUGACCUGACUUUCAAUUAUUUUUUUCUAGAAAUGCUGUCCUAAAAAUGCUGUCCUAGUCCGCCCCUGAACACACUGCUGCUGCAAACAUAUAAUAUACACUUGAAGUCAGAAUUAUUAGCCCUCCUCCUGUGUGUUUUUCCCUAAAAUUUCUGUUCAAAGGGAAGGACUUUUUUUUCUAAAUAUAAUAGUUUUAAUAACUAAUUUCUAAUAACUGAUUUAUUUUAUCUAUGCCGUGAUGACAGUACAUAAUAUUUUAAUAGAUAUUUUUCAAGACACUUCUAUACAGCUUAAAGUGACAUUUAAGGUCUUAACUAGGUUAAUUAGACAAGUUAUGGUAAUUAGGCAAGUCAUUGUAUAAGUCAUUUCAUUCUGUAGAGAAUCAAAAAAACACAUUGCUUAAGGGGGCUAAUAAUAUUAAUACAAUAAUAAUAAUAAAAUGUUUUUUAAAAAUUAAAAACUGCUUUUAUUCCAACCAAAAUAAAACAAAAAAGACUUUCUUCUGAAGAAAAAAUAUUAUAGGAAAUACUGUGAAAAUUCCCUUGCUCUGUUAAAUAUCAUUGGGAAAUGUUUGAAAAAGAAAAAGGCUAAUCAUUUUGACUUCAAGUAUACAGUAUGUAUCCCCUGUAGCAGUUCUAAACACAGGUGGAGCUGGGGCGGAGGAGGGUCUCUGAGAAACACACUGCAACACUACAGCAUAGAAUGACACUGAGCAUUUAAAAAACUGUGGAGUGAGCUUAUUGGCUGCCAAGGCAACGGCAACGUGUAGUUAAUGAUGUAGGAGCCGAUUAGAUGACCUAUCAGUUUCAAUGCAAGAAAUUUCCAUUACAAUAAAAUGAGAUGUCGAAACAUGUUUUGAUCCGCAGACUGUAUAUAUUUUUUAAAUAACUUGAAAUGUCAACAUCAUGUAAUAACAUUAUGUUUUUUGGUAUAGAAUGCUGAAUUUAGAAGUCUGUCAUUUGUAUAUAAAUACAGUUUGUGCUAAACAGUCA